UAGCUCCCCAUCCAUUACACCAUGGAUAAAACAGUCUCCUAAUAGUUGGUAUUUUGGAAUAUAGUGGCAAUGAGGUCGGGGACCGUGGUAGUCUAUAGGUCGCAGGACGAGUGGUACAGUGCUUCCCGGCAGAAUGUAUAUUUCAUCGCCUUCUUUUGUUAGCAUCGGUCCCAAAACCAUAUGUCCAUCCUUCUCAAAAUAUGCACUGUCAUAAGGCCAAAUAUUCGGAUUUUUAUGCAGCACUUCUCUUUCUUGAUCAAUAUAACUCAAAUGUUCAUUGAUCAAACAUGUUUGUGCAUGAAUGAACAUCUCUUUUUGAAUCAGAUCUUGUUCCGUCCUUUCCCAUUGUUUGUUGAUGCUGUGCAGAAAACGAAGCCGUUCUAUGUCGUAAAAAAUGUGUCUAUUCGAGUCGAAUUGCCUCUCGCGACCAUCAAGAAGCCUAUUACAUUUAUCGAAUAAUUGGCUCAGCCUGAAGGAAUCAGCCUGGUUGAUUUCUUUUAUAUAUCUGGUAAUGAAGCCACGCUCGAGAAGGCGAGUCUUCCAAAGCAGUUGUUUAUGCUCAUAAAGUAGCUCUAAAUGAGCGGAUAUUUCGACGUCCUGAUCCAACAAUUUUCUGCUUUUCUCUAGCAAUAUGUGUUGAUCAUCGAGCGACUCUUGUAAUUGACUAUAGAAUCGCCAUUGGUCAUAGAAGCUGUCAUAUUCAUUAAUAAAAAACAACGUACGCUUAGUUGCAGAUAGGCGCAAGACUUCUGCGGUCCGAUCGGACUCAGCGUCAACAGAUAUC